AUGGAAGUUGCAGGCUCAACCAACCCCAGGGCAUCAGUGCUCCCCUUUUGGCUCCAUGGUCGAGAAGUCUGUACACCGUCGACUUUCGAUGUGAUUUCCCCAGUAAACCAUGAGAUUCUGUAUCAGUGUUCUACUGCGUCCGAGACGGACGUUUCUGCCGCGGUCGAGAGUGCCAACAGGGCCUUCCAAAUUUGGUCUCGCACGAAGCCACAGGAGAAGCGAGAUGUGUUCCUCCGUGCGGCGGAGAUCAUCGCGCAGCGCAAGGAUGAGCUUUUCCAAUAUGUCAGACAGGAGACGGGUGAAGGGCAGAUGUUCUUUGAUGUGGAGUGGGACUUGAUCCAACAAAUGUGUAAGGACAUCGCAGGUCUCAUUCAAACCAUCCAAGGUGAUCAGCCCACAGUCGCCGCACCAGAGCACAGUGCGGUAGUGCUACGGGAGCCGUACGGUGUAGUCGGCGCCAUUGCACCCUGGAAUGCGCCUUAUAUCCUCGGCCUCAGGUCAUGUCUCCUGCCACUGGCGGCCGGGAACACAGUCGUUCUCAAGGGUCCAGAGACUGCACCGAAGCCUAUCUGGGCAAUUGCCGAUACUUUGCACCAGGCAGGACUCCCACCAGGUUGUCUGAAUACUUUAUACCACCGUCAAAGCGAAGCGGUACAGAUCACGACUGCACUUAUUUCCCAUCCAUUGGUUCAGAAGAUCAACUUCACUGGCUCCACCGCUGUGGGUUCCAUCAUUGCUUCCACUGCUGGGAAAUUUCUGAAACCCGUUCUGUUGGAACUGGGCGGAAAGGCGUCGGCGAUUGUGUGUCACGAUGCUGAUCUUCAACUGGCGGCAGCGGAGUGUGCGUUGGGGUCAUUCCUCAACUCGGGUCAGAUUUGCAUGUCCACUGAGCGGAUUCUGGUCCAUGAGGAAGUGGCCACGCAGUUCACCGAAGCACUUAAGAUGGCAGUAGCAAGCUUGUUUCCCGACCAGACAGCGCAGGUCGUCAACGCGUCGUCUCUCAACAAGAGCACCAGACUAAUCCAGGAUGCGAUAUCCAAAGGUGCAAGGGCCUCGAGAAGCGAUGUUGCCAUAUCCAAUGGCGCAACUAAAAUGCACUUGACGCUACUAGAAAAUGUGGAUACAUCGAUGGAUAUUUACCAUAGUGAAUCGUUCGGCCCCUCGGUGAGCAUCAUCACCAUCACUAGUGAUGACGAGGCCGUCCAGGUCGCCAACGAUACGGAGUACGGGUUGAGCUCCGCGAUAUUUACCGAAGACUUGCGCAGAGGCUUCAAGAUUGCCAAACAAAUUCAGAGCGGCGCGGUGCACAUUAAUAGCAUGACUGUUCACGACGAGACGGCCUUACCACAUGGAGGUAUGAAAAGAAGUGGCUUUGGAAGAUUUAACUCGCGCGAGGGCUUGAGUGAAUGGGUGCGGACUAAGUCUGUGACCUGGAAAGAUUGA